AUGGACAGUAUAAUUGAACAAUUUGAGUUGGAAGAGGUUAGUAGUAAGUCGCCAUUACUAAAAAAAUAGUACUCUGUCUCAAAUUCAAGUAAUAAUUCAGCUUCUAAUGAGGAUAGGAUACUCAAUGAUAUAACCCCAGCCUCCAGACUAAGCAUCGAUAUUUCUCAGAUAGAAUUCGGCUCACUACCCUUUCCAGUUUAGAAAAAGAAUAUGAUUAGCAACUUUUUAGAUAGCGAGAGAAUAUUACAAGAGGAAUCAGAAUUUAAAGAAGAUCUGGGAGGUGACAGCUCACAAGGAUUAACCUGUUCCCCCAAAACUGAAAAUGGGAAAUUUUUCUUUCACCACUACUAGCAAAGGUCAUAGGAUAGAAAAGCCUUUUCAGUUUCUCUUAGAGAAUGCGAAUUGAGACAGCCGAAAAAGCACAAGUCAGUUAUGAUGGAUCAAAUGUCACUUAUAUCCAACUAUUUGUCAAGCGAGUCUAAUAAUGAUCUCAAUAGCAAAUUUAGAUAUCGCAGAAGAAGUAAUAAUUCUUAAUUUUAAUCCAUUUCAGAGACUUCAUUUCAUAGUAUUACUGAUGUAAGAAAGGAGCAUAAGGAUUUUUUCUCAAGAGGAAGAGAUCUUGGAUCUCCGAUGCCUGCUGAUGAAAUAUUUUUCUCAUAUUAAAGGCAGAGAAGGUCUUCUUUGCGCAAUCAGCGUAGUGCUCAGAUCAUAUCUCCAGGAUCUAUAAAAUCAGCCAAACAUUUCAAGAAGCCAUCAGAAUCAAGUAUUCCUUAGGAUUUGGUAGACUAGUGCGAUAGUCCGAUGAGAAGUGCUGAUUAUAAAAAUAUGACGCUACACAUCUUCCACUCAAUAAAUACUAUCAAAUAGAUCAAGGACAAGCCUGAUAUUUAACAUGAUUAACUGGUCGACUUUUAAUUCAAAAAAACUGGCUUUAAGAAGUUAAUAAUAUUCGACUUAGACGAGACCCUCAUUCAUGUCUUGAGAGAGGCAGAUGAAGAAAAUCUAGAUGUUCUUGAUUACGAGGAGAUCGAUACUCCAUUUGAUUAAAACUCUAAUCAAACUAAUAAUUAAGAUGUUCCACCAUCAUCAGAAUAAUAAUAAAAUUAGACAUUGCAGGAAGGUGGAUAAACUUAUUAGAAGUUUGUUCCUGAUAUCUGGUUGGAUAUAAAAGACAGCGAGACAGGUGAAGAGGUGAAAGCUGGAUUUAGUAUACGACCAUUUGCUUUGGAAUGCUUAAAACAAGCAAACUUGUAUUAUGAGGUAGCUAUUUUCACAGCUGGAAACGAGUGGUUUGCUGAUCCAAUAAUAGAUUAUUUGGAUCCAAAGAGAGAAUUAAUUCAGCACAGAUUCUUCAGAUAGCAUACCACUUAUCUUGAAAAUUUAGGAUUUUACGUAAAAGAUUUGAGAAUCCUGAACGGAAUAGACUCUAAGGAUGUCUUGAUUGUAGACAACUACGUAUAAUCCUUUGCGUUUCAACUUGAAAAUGGGAUACCUAUUGUGCCAUUUUAUGGAGACAAAAGUGACCGAGAGAUGCUUAAACUGACAAGAUAUUUGAAGCAUAUUCAAUCAUAGAACGACAUGAGAACUUACAACGAUAAAAUAUUCUAACUCAACAGAAUAAAAGGGUCCAAGAUUGAAUAGUUUAUCAAGUACUAUGACUUAGACGUUAUAUCAGAGGAUGAUUUCGAUUAUGGCAGUUCAGGUAGCACCAAGUCUGUUCAUAAUAUACAUCUCUCAAAAUAAGUGUCGAUUGAGAAGAGUACUGAUGAGUCAAAUAAACAAACCGUAUAAGCAGAAAGUGGAAGUACCUAAGAGAAUCCUUUGGUUUCUAACUUCUGUGAGAACUGUGGGAACUUUAAGACUCCCGAGUAUAAAAAUAGCAAAGAUAAAAUGCUUUCUCUCUAAGAAAACCUUAAACGACAGAAUACCCCUCCCACCAAAUUUCAACUAGCUCCUGAGCUCAAGCAAACCAAUAAAUCUAGACCAGUCAACCCUUCUAAAUUUGUACAAUUAAAGAGGUCGUCUUAGUCGUCGAUACAAACACAAAUAUCAGACUAAGUCCCAUUACUAAUAAAACCUCCAAACUGGUAGUCCCGAAGACGGUCGAGAAUUGAUCAAAGUUAAGGACAAUCCAAUAACAGUAACUAGAAAAACUUCAUCUUAAAAGGAAUUGAUGAGGAUCUUAAUAAAUUCUAGGCAGCAUAUUCUAAGUUAGCUGAGAAAAGCAGCCUAGGAAAACUAUUGUAAAAAUGUGGUAAAUAGAAAAAGUAAAUUGUAUAAUCUAAACCUAAUUGA